GUAUGUACUGACCCGUGGACUCAACAGCGACCCAGUAGAGUCUGUGUUCAGCUGCUUCCGCCAAUUCAAUGGCGGUAAUGACCGAGUUGAUGCAAGAGCAGCAGUCUUCACAGCAGAGAAGUUGCUGAAGGUCGGGAUCUUACAGGCUGCGAGCACUGGAAACGCGCCAUCAAGUUCAGAGUGCAAGACAGCGCUGAAAGGUUGGAACCACGACGGUGACCGAGAAGACCCAGCUAUACCGGACGCAGCCUUGGCAGUGUUGUGGAAGUUGCAGCAUGUGAUGAAGCACGACGAGGUCCCUCCACACCUUGAGUUCGCACCGCUCACAUACAUGGCGGGGUACCUGGCUUUCGUUUGUGAGCAAAAGGUGGCGUGCUGUGAAUGCAAGGUGCGACUAAAAGGAAAUGCUUCGCGGGCUGGAGCGUAUCAAUUCACAUUCAGCCUUGACCAAGGUGGACUAAGCUACCCGCGACCUGAAGUCGUCUGGUUAUGCAAGCUGCUGUGUACUUUCGUCGAAUUAGCUCUGCAGUCUGCUGAAGUUCAUCGCUGUGGGAAACUGUGCCAGCUCCUCUCAUGUGCUGUGCUACCACACCUCACGGCUUGCCCACUCAUGUGGUGUGCAAAGUGUACAGACCAUUAUCACUGUCGAGAGCUAUGUGAGACAUUUCUAAAAAAGUUCCUGAGACCCCUCCUGGCGAACUGGGCUGGUGACCUUACCAGCUCUUUGGACAGUGUGCUCAGGCUUUCAAGAAAGCCUCUUUCCCGCAAGGUCCUGCGUUUGUAGAGAAGACUGCACAAACCUUAAACAGUAGUGCUCAAAUAAAACAAAUUUGCAUUCUGUGAGUCAUGCGUGAUCUUAAACGAAGCCCUAUUUUUACCUGUGCUCAGAAUCAACAAAACCAUGUUUU